AUGCAAGAAGCAAUAAUGCAAUUUAUCAAUAAUAAAAUUGUAGAAACACCAAAAGUGUUUUCCAAUUAUACUCAUUGUCUUAACAAUGUCAUGAGCUGUGUAGACUUUGUAUUUCCAUCAGCUGAUGAAAAUUCUUCUAAAAGAUUAAAAUCAAAUAACAACAACAACAAUGUAAAUAAAAUAAAAUCAAAUAUUUCUGAAUGUAUAGAUGUAAAUAUUCAAUGUAAUAAUAAUAGUAAUAAUAGUAAUAAUAGUAAUAAUAGUAAUAAUAAUAAUAUAGAAUCAUUUAUUUCACAUUUGGAAAGAAUAUCAAAUGAACCAAUUGAACCUAGUUUCUCGGAGAUGUAUGAUUGUCAGAAUGAUGAAUCGAUGUAUAUGUUCUUCCUUUCCAUCCAGGCAGAUUACCAAUUCUACACUCAUUGUCUAUCGGUAUUGGAAGCAGGAUUGUCCAAGUGUUUCAAAGCCUCGAUUGUCAUCCCACGUGGAUCUUUCGCUACACGAUCAGGUUUGAAGUGUACACUAGAUCUAGACGUAGAUCUUAUUCUGCCACGUUCCUAUAUAACACCCGAGCAAAUGACACCAAACGAAUUCCCAACCUUGGUAAAUGUACUCUCGAAAAUACUGCCUAAACAUCUGAGUUGCAUUCAAAACGUAUCGGUCAACAAUACAAGAAGCUUCUCAUUUGAUAUGGUCAUAGAGGGUGUAAGAGUACCAGUCGAUCUAUUCCCCAAAUUGAUUGGACAGAAUGGACGUGUCUAUACAGUAACCCCAACCCGCCAGAAUACACCACGUGAUUGGGUUACCACCAGUAUUUUCACCCAAGAGCAACAACAAUGUAAAUUCGACGAAACUAAACUCUGUGCUAUUCUGCUGCUGAAACUCUGGAGAAAAGAUAUGAAACAAAUGCAUCCUCUUGAAAUGUCUAUACUAAAAGGCUACCAUAUAGUUUUAGCAAUGGAAAAGAUAGUUCAAAUGCCAACAACAUCAAAUAAUGAAACUUCAACUAUCAAAAACAAUAACAACAAUAAUAAUAGAGAUUUUUCAAGAAAAGCUGUACUUUCAAACCUGAAAAGUAUUGUACAAUGUCUACUUAAAUCAUAUACAUACUAUCCAAAGUUAACAGAAGAUGUCAACUCACCGCUGUACGAUUGCCGAAGUGAGUUUAUUGAAUAUGGAGUUGAUCAAUCGAAAGCAGAAAAUAAUUUAGUUGGUGAAACACUAUCUAAACUUUUGUGUAAACUUUUAUCAGAUUUAAAUCAAAUUAAAAUUUAA